AUGGACAACUAUAAUCAAACAGUUACAGCAACAGGAUGGACUGGUCGAAAAGACCACCAGCAGCGCAAUUUCUUGGAAGAUGCAUGGCUAGGUCGAUGGAGAGAAUUUUUAGCAAUUCCUCAGAGGCUACAUGACACUAGCUACCAGGCUAAAAUAGUUAUAAUGGGAGAGGUUUAUCCAGCCUUCUUUGAAGGCCUAAGAUCGGAUCAUGCGAGAGAUAAAGCUUUACUUUAUCUUAGCAAAAUACGAGACAAUUCAAGAAUCCAAUCGUUCCAAGUUUGCAUACCUAACACAGCAUACGAUCAAGAUGAUACAUGA